GCUGAAGAAUAUCAAUGGACCGGCAGGAACAUAUACGCGCGCGUUAACAGGGAGAAAAGGAGAGGCAAUGAGCUACAGAUAGCUGGAUUGUUUGCCGGAGAAAGGAUUAUGUUUGACUGCUUGGGAAAUUUGACGCCCUUGCCACAACUGUCUAGUGUUUUGUCUGCCAAAUAACCAUCUUAGCAGCUGCGAGUGUAGCUACCAACUUCAAUUGCCCAUCACCGUUUGAUACCUGGGGCUUGAGGCUGGAUGAUAUACCUAUCUUAGACAACAGCCCUAUCAUUCGAGUGUUUGAAGCAGGUUGUUCAAACUAUAUAACGGGACUACUGCCUACCUGCCCACCGCACCCCAAGCCGAUGCACCACAAUGUCGGACUAUGACGAAUACGACGACUUCGACUAUCUCUGGAUAGACUGCGGAGAACCUCAUUUCACUGAUGAGAUGGCCAUGAUGGUAAAUCCGGAACCAGUUUUCCUAGACGAUAGCUCGCUCGAGGAUGCGUUAGACAGCGAUACGGACUGGGAAUAUCUUUCGGAUGAGUACUAUGACCAUGACAAGACAGACAAGGUCCACCGUCAGAAGAAGAAAAUUGAGAGCAAGAAACCAGCCCAGCUUGACCCGGCCACGUUCUACGGCGUGUCAUGGUCUGCUGGUCCACCAUCGAAAAAUGAUGGACCCUUGUACCAACCUGGAGAGGGAGAGAAGGUGUCUCUCCUCAAGAAUUGGCGUGAAGUCUUCCAAGAGUCAAAACCGAAGACAAAGAAGACAAGUGAAAAGCUAAAACAAGAUGGAAGUAUUAGAGCAACAUUCCAUGACCAUCUAUCGACACGAUUCCGUCGUAAUAGUGAACAGGGGACAUUAGUUGACGAUAAUCUCAACCUCGGCAACAACAUGGAGACCGAUGGACUCUCUCAUCCAGUCUCUGGUUUGAAGGCUUUUAUACUUGGUUCAAGCAUGUGGCCUGAGAAGCAAGGCCAUGACCACCUUUCUAUGAAUAAUAACGGGCCACAGCUCAAAAAGGGCUUUUCGGCGCGUGACGAGGCGAAACCUAGCAAUAAUCUCGAUAUAAUACUGCCCCCUGCGCCAAAGAAUAUCGAAGAGUACAAAGAAAUCACUACUACCGCGCCUCCAGUUACACAGAAACGAGGGCGGAAGAGAAAAGCAGACGUGAUCGUUGAACAGACCACCCCUGACUUGGACUCUAGCUCAGGCUCAGGUCCUAUCAGGAGCUCGAAGCGUAAGAAGGCUGGCUAUACAAACGGCGUAAAAACCGCAACAUCUUCUCGGCCCAUACGAUCUUCAACGAGGCGGAAGUAG